GAGGUCACAAGGUGAGGUUUUUCAUUUUUGUGUUCCUCUGAGACUGGUAUCAGUAGUUAUGAUUGCUACUUCAAUGGCGAUGCUCCAACAUGUGUGCUCCGUGCCCCUCGCACGUGCCGUUCGUCAGCCACACUCGUUUACAAUUGUAUCCUCUCGUAAACUCCGCACCACCUCCUCCGCCGUGUCUCCGCCCCGUACCUCGCACGUGGACCCUAGAGUACUGCUUGGCAUGUCCGAGCCAGAACUUCAACAGCUGGCCAACGACUUUGGCCAGCAAAGCUACAGAGGAAAGCAGCUACAUCAUCUAAUAUACGAGAGAAAGGUCAAAGAAAUCCAGGAUUUUAGUCAAUUGCCGCAGGCAUUCAGACAUGAGCUUGAAGAAGCAGGAUGGAAAAUUGGGCGAUCGCCAAUUUAUCGCACUGUCACUGCAGCUGAUGGCACUGUUAAGUUGCUGAUAAAAUUGGAGGACAACAGAUUGAUUGAAACUGUUGGCAUACCAGUUGAAGAUGAGAAAGGUUCAAUGCGCCUUACUGCUUGCGUGUCAUCUCAGGUAGGUUGUCCAUUACGCUGCUCAUUCUGUGCCACUGGAAAAGGCGGGUAUUCAAGAAAUCUUAAAAGGCAUGAAAUUGUUGAGCAGGUGUUGGCCAUUGAGGAUGUCUUCAACCAUAGAGUGACAAAUGUUGUCUUCAUGGGAAUGGGUGAACCAAUGUUAAACUUGAAGUCAGUACUUGAAGCACACAGGUGCUUGAAUAAGGAUGUGCAAAUUGGGCAAAGAAUGAUCACAAUUUCCACUGUGGGAGUCCCUAACACAAUUAAAAAGCUUGCUUCUCAUAAACUUCAGUCAACAUUGGCCCUUAGUUUACAUGCUCCAAACCAGAAACUUAGGGAAACAAUUGUGCCAAGUGCAAAAGCAUAUCCCCUAGAUGCAAUUAUGAAAGAUUGCAGGGGCUACUUUCUUGAAACCAGUCGACGAGUUUCCUUUGAGUAUGCACUUUUAGCUGGUGUCAAUGAUAGCACAGAGCAUGCAAUAGAACUUGCUGAGCUACUCCAGAAGUGGGGACGUGGUUCUCAUGUGAAUCUGAUACCAUUCAAUCCAAUUGAAGGCUCUGAUUAUCAGCGACCACAGAAAAAGGCGGUAAGAGCAUUUACAGCUGCUUUGGAAUCCCGGAAAAUAACUGUAAGCAUUCGUCAAACAAGAGGCCUGGAUGCAAGUGCUGCUUGUGGUCAGCUAAGAAAUGAGUUCCAGAAAAGUCCUUUACUUGCCGACUCUGACAGCUUACCAUUACAAACAGACAUUGCAGUCCUAUGUUGAUGCCACAGGCUUUCUGAUUGACUACCUUUACACACAAUUUUUAUAUACACAUGCUCACCCAGUCUUCUUCAUCCAAAAGCUUGAUGUUUGAUGAUGAGGCUAGUUGGUUCUUCUGCAAUCUUAAUUAUGACAUGAUCUAGAGCUUCCACUCAUAUCCUAGCAGCAAAAGCUUUUUUUCCCAUCAGAUGCUGAAAUUAAGCAGUGACAUGGUACUGGUGAUGCUAGACGGUAUUUAGAUAGCGAGCGGUGGCACGACUGAAGAAUGAGGACUUUCUGACGGAGGAAAAAUGGAUCUUGAUGAGACAGUUAGUAGUAUUGGCUACUUUGCGUGGAACUAACUUGCUGUUAGAUUCGGCUCUUUUGAAUCUUUGAGGCAGGAUAUAUAGACAAGAUUAUCCAACCCAAUGUUUGUAAUGCAAGUGUACUAUAUACAUAAAUUUUCCUAUUUUGUCGAAUUUCUUAGGAAUUCUGAUUUCAUAUUUGGUAAAUACAUUGUGUAUUUUAUUCCAAUGAAUUCAAUUUUGUAGAA